AUGGCUGAUAUUGAACAAAGAGUCGGCGAAUGGGCUGAUGAUGAACCUCAAGAACUACAAGAACCAGUAGUGAAAACUAACGCAGAUGGUACUAAAACUAUAAUUUCAUACAGAAUAAAAGAAGAUGGUAAAAAAGUAAAGAUAACACAAAAAGUGAAAGAAGUUAUUGUGAAAGAAUCAGUUAAUAAAGAAGUUGCAAAGAGAAAAAAAUGGGCUAAAUUCGGAGCUGAAAAGAAUUCAGCACCAGGUCCAGAUUUUAGAACUACACAAGUUGGUGAACCAGUAUAUCUAAGAUUAGGUACUGCUUGGAAGGCAUUGGAGAAAGAAGAAGAAGAAAAAUCCGCUACUGAAGCUGCUAAAACUAGUACUUCUACACGUAUCAAAUGUAGAACUUGUGGUGGUGCACAUUAUACAGCAAAAUGUCCAUUCAAAGAAACAUUGGGAGGAGAUCCAGCUAUUUCAGGUGGUGCUUCACCUGCUCCAGAAUCAACUGCAGGCUCACCUGCUCCAUCUGCUCCAGGUAAAUAUGUUCCUGUUCAUUUGCGUAAUAGACAACCUGGUGCUGAAGGUGAAAAGAGAUUUGACCGUGAUGAUUCAACUACAUUGAAGGUUUCACAAUUGAAUGAAGUUGUUACAGAACAAAUGAUAAGAAAUGAAUUAUUUGCAAACUUUGGUCCAUUAGUCAGAGUUAACAUUGUUAGAAAUAAAGAAACCGGUAGAUCUAAGGGUUUGGCAUUUGUCCAAUUUGCUUCAGAAACUACUGCUCAAAGAGCUAUGGAGGCAUUGCACGGAAGAGGUUACCACUCAUUGAUUUUGCAUGUUGAAUUUACAAAACCAAGAAGAUAA